UCCGUAGGCAGCAGGAGUGAAAGGACCUGCCUCGGAGCAUCCUUCCUCUUCGCUUUCUUCCUAAUCCUCAGCCAAACACCGCGGGAUGACGGGGGAAAUAUGAGGAUGGCGUCUCUCCUCUCUGCGGUUUGCGGUAGGACGUCGUUGCGGGUGAUGUUAGCCGCUGUGCUAACGUAACAUCACGCGUUUCUCCCCCCAGCAGCAGCAGCAGCAGCAGCGAGGACCAGACACAGACAUCACAGAGAACGAGCAGAACUGGACUGAGCCUUUAGCUUCUCCUGUGUUUUUCUUUUUUUCUUUUUAAACUCCACCGAUUCAACAUUGUCCGCCUUUGACACUUUACCCCCCCCCCACCCACCCACCCCCUGAAUGAAAGCAGCUCCAGGAAACACAGGACUCCUCCUGACAACAUCAAGGAAGCUGAGGAAUACAGCAUCUCAGUUACAGUGAGAUCAGGAUGUACAUUACACUGGAGCAAUGACAGAGAGGAGGAGGAGGAGGAGGAGGAUAAGGCGGAGGCUUCCUCAUCAUGAACUAACCAGGCGUUUACACAGAAGCUCUGCACCUAGACCGUGCCUGAGACUUCCUGGUUUAAGACGAUGAGCAAAGAGUCCGACUGAUCUGAUGCCAUAGAAGGUGACGUCCUGACUGAAAUGUCUGCAGGCCCAUACAUAACAAACUGAUGACUGUUUCUCAGCAGCAGUCAGACAUGUGCCAUCACUGGAAUCACUUAUUUCCUGGAAGUUUGAAACGCUAAUCUUGGACUGGAUCUCCUACCACUGGGAUACCACAUGGCUGCAGCAGCAACAUGACACUGGGAUAGUGUCCAACGCAACAUAUGACUACAUGUCCCGCUAAGUCUUGUCUGCAUUGGGGCCUUAUGUCUUAGAUUACUCUGGACUUGUCUGUAAUACAAAUUUGCCAUGUUUUUAACAAAAGAAUUAUAGUUCUGGGAUGAACAAAGCUGAUGAAAACAGUUAAGUACUUGUCAUGCAUGGAACCAGGGUACACAUAGAACACCCUGAUUUCUCACAAUCUAUCUUACUGAAUGAGCUCAUGAUUCCUGCAGAAGUUGGGUAUCAACCAACCCCAUGUUCCUAACAGAGAUCUAACAACAGCUGAUCUUGCCCACACAGUUGUUGCCAUGAGAGCAUAACCCCGCCACGCCUGCAUUGUCGUGGCUGGCCGUCGCAGGACGGUCACUUUCCUCGGCCAUGCCCCGGCUGAUGUUGGGCCGGACUCUGGAGCGCAUCUGUAAAGGCGUCCUGCUGCUCUGCUUGCUCCACUUCCUCAUCAUGAUGAUCCUGUACUUCGACGUCUACACGCAGCGCUUCGACCUCUUCAGCCGCUUCAACAAUGGACGCAACGGAUCCAGGAAUAACAUCAGCGGAGCAGCAGGGAGUGGACAUCAUUAUUACUAUUACAACCUCUCCAGGCCGAAUGCAACAUUAGCCAGCUACCUGGCCACGGGCGAGCAGCUGAUGCCGAGCGCGCAGCCUGAGACCAAUCAGACGCCUUCCCCCAAGCCGCUGCCGCCGUGCCCUGAGAACCCACCCGGCCUCGUGGGCCGCUUGUUGAUCGAGUUCAGCUCCCAGAUGACGAUGGAGCGAGUGCAGAAAGAAAACCCCAACGUGACGGAGGGAGGCCGCUACACCCCUCCCGACUGUCGGCCUAGAUGGAAGGUGGCCAUCAUCAUCCCGUUCCGUCACAGAGAAAACCACCUGAAGUACUGGCUCCACUACCUCCACCCCAUCCUCAGACGGCAGAGAAUCGACUACGGCAUCUACAUCAUCAACCAGUUGGGUGAGGAAACUUUCAACCGUGCCAAACUGUUGAAUGUCGGCUACACGGAGGCUCUGAAGGACGGAGAGUACGACUGCUUCAUCUUUAGCGACGUGGACCUAAUCCCGAUGGACGACCGUAACCUCUACCACUGCUACGACCAGCCGAGACACUUUGCCAUCGCCAUGGACAAGUUUGGCUUCAGGCUGCCCUACGCAGGCUACUUUGGAGGAGUUUCAGGCCUCAGUAAAAAACAGUUUCUGAAGAUCAACGGCUUCCCCAACGAGUACUGGGGCUGGGGAGGGGAGGACGAUGACAUUUACAACAGGAUCACUCUGAACGGGAUGAAGGUGUCCAGGCCAGACGUUCGGAUCGGCCGCUACAGAAUGAUUAAACACGAGCGAGACAAACACAACGAGCCCAACCCACAGAGAUUCAAUAAAAUCCAGAACACAAAGAACACAAUGAAGAAGGAUGGCAUCAGCUCACUGACCUACCGAGUGGUUCAGGUCAAGCGGUUUCCACUCUACACAAACAUCUCCGUGGAGAUCGGCAAGCCACCGCCUCGGCCUAUCAAGGGCUAGAGAGAGAGAGAUGGAGGAAGAUGAGGGGGUGAUGCAAUUUAACUGGAGGGAGAAGGUGGAAAGAGGAGAGAUUAAACGAGGGACGUGAAGAGAAAACUGGAGAGUUUGAAAUAAGCGUUGUCAGAAGCACAUCACAGUCUCUUGAUCUCUCCUUAACCUCUGUCUGUUUUUUGAGAUUUCAGCUUGUCGUGUCUGUUUCCAGGACUCAGGCUCUUCUCGAUGUUUUUUUUCAAGCAGCCAGUGGCUUCUACACCUCCUACAUUUACCAAUCAGUGACUUCAGAAGAGUGGACCAAAGUAUCUGUGGCAGACUGGAGGUUGGCAUCAAACUCAAUGUCUUUCUGUCAACAAUCCUUUUUGUAAACUGGAGAGCAUCCAAUGGCAUAUCAACGGAGGUCACUGACAGGAGCUGUGGUUGGGUGAUCAAAAGAUGAGACAGUACUAUCGUGGCGCGCUUUGAUAACUUUCAUGUCGUAUUCUGGAGAUGAUGGACAGCAUCCUGAAGGACUUCUUGGAAUAUAUUGAUUGAGGUGAUAUAAACCAAUGAUUGAAAUCAGGCUGUUAACAUGGAAAUAAAUCAAAAAUUGAAGGACACACAAUGUGCUGCCUGAUGGUUGGGAAAUAUCAGGAAAAUAAACCUUACUAAGAAUUCACGGACAGGGGAGCGGGGAUUGCCACUGGAGGAAGCUGAAACAUUAACACGACGUAACAACGUGCAGUGUUGAUCAGUGGAACUGCAUCAUGACGGUUUGCAUAUCAGAGGUAUCGGCUGACGCUCACUCGACAUGUGACAAUUUCAUAUUGACAUUUUUCAUCAGGGAGUGUCCUGUUUGGAUCUAAUAACUCAAUCUUACCCUCCACUAUCAGUUAUUGAAUGUGUAUUGUGCCUGCAUCCACAGCAGAAGACUCAGAACUGGAGCUGAUACAACGUGUUCGUCAUCAGCGACAAACACCCGAGAACUCUCUUUUUGUUCUCAUUGUUCUUUUUUUUAUAUAUGAACUCAAACUUUGGAAACCGACUCUGACUUAUUAGAACUUUUGCAACAAAAGCAAAUACAUUGAAGAUGCAGAAAGUUUUCUCUUGGGUCUGAAGGCAACAUGGUGGAACUACCAUGGGAAUGCAUUUUGAAAUAAAAUGUAGGACCAGGGCAGAAAUAUAAACUGACAGCUCAGUUAAGAUUUUAACCCCUGUAGUCCAUACUGAUGAUAUUUUCAGCUUUAUUUAGGUCAUUUCUGCAUUAAAAGAUACAGGACAUCAAAAGCCUGUAUUCACACAGUGGCCAUUUUUCUCUGAUGCCUGCACGCUCAUGGUGGGAAGCUCAAAUGCUGUCGUGGGAAGAAUAAUGUUGAGCCGCUGUGGUCCAGGUUUAUACGAGAUAUUAACACAGAGAAUCUGACAAACUGUUUUCAUUACAUUGCCCUCUAACUGAUCAGUAACUGUAAAGUGGGACAUGGGACCAUGUUUCAAGGUUAAACGACAUUGUUGUUUGUUCAUUAGCCAUCAAUAGCUUAUGUUCGCAUUAAACCACUUCCCGGCUAACUUCAUUGUAAAAUGGACUGGAAUCAAACUCUAAAUGCUAAAUCCUCCAUCCAGAACAAAGAUCCAGAAUGUAACAAACUGUGUUUUGUUCCAGUGAGCAAAACGUGAAAUGACUGACUCCUCCGGAAUAUUUCUGAGGUCACCUGAAAAGACACAACAACGGUUAACGUCAAAUACUGUUCAUUUUCCCACAGUCUUAAAUAAAUGUGGCCAUGAAGUGCUUCAUUUCAGAAUAAAGACGUCGUCAUGGCAAGGAAAUAGUUGACAGUAACGUUAAAUGUAAUAUGGUCCCGUAUUCCUACAGUUUGAAAAUGUGUGUGUUUAUAUGAUUUCAUCAUGGAUCACAGCAAUACAACAUGAUUCUGUAUCCGAACGCUUCCCACCCUGAGCAUUAAGUCCCAGGUAAAUGGCCGCCAUGUGGACAUGGUCUGUAUUUGUUUGAGUGCAGAUUUAACUUGGUUGUGAUGUACAUUUUUCCAUUUUUCCUAAACACAUAUGGGUGCUAAUAUCAGAAAUGAGCUGUCAGGAUAUAGUCAUGAUGACUCAUGUUCUACAGGAAAAAUCAUGGUGGCUCUAGUAGAUUUUACACCGGCUCCACAGACGAGAUUAACUGAGAUAUAAUCAACUUUCUUUUUUGUUUUAGCCUGUGAUGUAACCUGGAAGUCAGAUUUUCUUUUAAUCAUUGCAAAUCAUAUUAUCAAUACUAUUACUAUGCCAUUUUCUCUCUCUACUAUAUUUUUUCUUUUAAUCGUUAAGAAAAAAAGAGAAUCAUAUCCGGACAGAGGAAAUUAUAAGGUCCUAGUCUUCCGCUGGUGGACAUUGUGAAUUUUAAAGCAGUAAUUGGAGUUUAUCGUUUGAGCCGUUUGACUGACGUCCCUAUUUCUACUUCAGAUUUUAUCAUCUUCAGUCGUCAGUUCUUUAUUUUAGUCUAUUUCAUCACGCUGUCAGAUUAAAGACGUGAUGAGCUAAAUGAAUCAAACUUACACUUUUUCUACUGAAUUUUAAAAAAAUGUGACUCUCUUCCGUUUGACUAAAAAAUGAACAAACGAAACUGAUUUCCUCCAUCGUCGUAUCGAAGCCUUUGACUGUUUUAUACUUUGACGCGUUGCUCUUAUCCUUUUUGUUGUUUGUUUCUUCUCAUCUCUACUGUUGCCGCCUGAACACCAAACUGAUGCCUUCGGAAAUGACACAAAGAGGCACUGAAGGUUGUUUUUCGCAGGUCAUUAUUUUAGGGGUAAUUCUGUAUCACUAAAGGACAAUGUGUAUAAAUGUGCGUUUUAAGACGGAUGAUACUGAUGUGAUCAUAUAUUUGUUUCAGCCUAAUAUCUGUGAUGCUUAUAUGUAAGGAAUGAUUGGAUCUCUCUUCAGCAUUCACACAUGGAUUCACACUCAUUUCUGUUUUUCUCUGCAUCAUCUCCUCUGUCAUUGCGUUCUCCUUCUUCCUCUGCCAGUCCAGACUCUGUGUGUCAACAGCACAGUGUUGUGCUUUGAGGUGAAUCCACUCCAGACUCUGCUGCGUCUCACUGUAGCUCUUCUUCCUCUCUCAAUAGAUAUCGACAGGGCUCCUCUUUGUGUCUCUGAAUCAGUGCCACUUACUGUGUCUUCAUUUUAUGUAUUCUCUCUCUCUGUACUCAAGCCCUUAUGUCGCUCCCCCUUUUAUCAUUGUCCUUUCCUUCACUUUCUCCCACUCCCAAUUCACCCUCCCUCUUUUCUGUCUUUCCUUCUUCUUUGUGUCAGAGUGCAGUAUGCUCUCCUGGUGAGUUUCAGUGUCCUCGGCAGACAGAUUACACAUGGAGAGGUCAAUGCAGUAUCUCCUCUCUUUGCUGUUUACAGCCCACCCUGUGCAAUAUUCUUGUUUUAUUCAUCUCCUGCUUUAUAUCAUUGUUUGUGAUGAGGUUUGGUUUGAAUUUGGUUUUUAACCCAGUCAUUUUUUCUUUUUUACUUUAUGUCCAAAUCGAUUUCUUCAAAUUUCUCAAAUUCACCUUUUCAUUUGAAAACGGUAUUAUCAGCACACAACAGAUAUAGUCACAGCUAUUGCUUUGAUUUGAUUUUACAGUGUUAAAGGGGGACCCCAGCGAUUCAUGUUAUAAUUCCAUUUCUAAGUAAUGACUUGACAGAAAAAAAGAAAAUAGUAAAAUCUAAAUUUGAGCAGCAGUAGCCAGGAUAAUCGGACCUUUAGUCACAACUGGUAAAAUUCCAAAAGGACUGGAAACUAAAUUUCCCAUAAUGACACUCAAUAGUGUCUCUUAGAGGUGCAGAGUGGGAGGAGCUACUCCAGGUAACCCUGGAUCCCUUAAACAUCUCAUGAUUUGCAUUCUAUGAACUUGGACUGACAUGAAACUCACUUGAGUAUUAGAAAAUAUUUGCUAAAGCCAGUUUCCAUAAUGAGAAUCAACGAGCGAAAUGACGUGCUCCACAGUUCAGUGACACAUUUAAAAACAUACAGCUUCUAAAACACAUUAAACAACCAAGAAAAACUGUGAUAUUAACAAAGAGAAAAUGUGGGUGAAGAAGAAACAUCCAUCGUUUGCCUUAAAACUUAGUUAUGUGCAGUGCUGAUAGUAAAAACUACAAAUUACCCUAUUCUGAAGUCUGAUUUUAACACCUGCAGUUUCUGUUAAUUCACUUUUGGAUUUUAGGUCAGUUGUGGAUGAAUGAACCAACAAUGGUGCCAUGUUUUGAUCACUUAAAAUCGUGUUGAAUUUUCUAUACUACUCAGAUUGUCUUUGAAAUAAUUAUAAGUGGUGGCCAUAACAGAAACCUUAAAUUUCUAAAAUAGAAAUUUGUUUGAUGCUUCCAACCUCACAACACCCAAAUACCCACUUCUGUCAAUCCUCCCACUGUAUAACACUGUCCAUCUGUUUCACACAGACUGAGUUGAAUAAAAUGGGUGAGGUGUCCCGAGCUUCAUCGAGGCUCCUGUGAUAAAUUACUGGAAAACAUUUACGAGGUCAGUUAAACAAAGAAAGUACGAGAUGAGUGACACUGGAUGGAGGAAAUGAAGGAUGUAGCGAGACAGACAUGGCCACGGUGUAUAAACAGUAACAUGGAUUAUGUAAGAAACAGAAACCUGAGCAAAAAUCCCUUUUUAAACAUUUCCUGUUACUCCAGAAUAAGAGGAACCAGAGGGGUGCUUGUUGUUUCUUGAUGGACAUUUGAUUUUUGAAGCCGUUCCACUCGUCGAGCACGCCUCAGGUGUUCAAGUACUCCAAACGCUACUUAAAAUACAAAUUUUUUGGUUUUGUUCGUCUGCUGCAGAGAGCAGAUGCAACUUUCAGGCCUUUGGGCGUUUUUAAAAAUUUACUGUAUCUCUAGCUAUGGGUCUUUUUUGUACAUUGAAUGUUGAAAAUGUUAUAUCUUAUAUAGAAUGCAUUAUGUCAUAACAAACCUAC